GGUGCCUUGCAGCAAAGUGAGAAGCCACAAGGUGCCACACAGCAGAGACGCCCAGGGAUGGGGCGCUGGGGCUGGGGGGUGCUGCUGGGCUUGGCCAUGCUAGUGGCAUCCGCCUCGGCUUCUCAGCACAAGAUGCUGAGCUAUGAAGAGGCCGUGUCCUUGGCUGUCGACUUCUACAACCAGGAGCCAGGCAUAGACCAUGCCUUCCGGCUCCUCCGCACUGACCCCCAGCCUGCAUGGGACAUGACGUCCAAGCCCCGUCAGGAGCUGCAGUUCGUGGUCCGUGAGACCGUGUGCCCGCGGGCCCAGGACCCCCCAGCCAGCGAGUGUGACUUCAAGGACAACGGGCUGGUCAGGAACUGCACGGGGCUGUUCUCCAUGGAGCGGGAGUCUCCCACCGUCAUCAUCACCUGCGACACGGUGACCCCGGAGCAGCACGUCCGCGUCACGAGGUCCGAACGGAGGAAUGGCCAUAAGAGACGUCGUGGAUCUGGCUCCAGGCGUGGCCAGUACUCCAGCACCAAGCAUGGUGGAAGAAAACGUCCCAGGAAACGCCCUGGGUCUGGCUCCCGGCUCGGCCAUGAGACCCCCCACGUGGCCCCCAUAGACAAAGGACACGUGGGGUAGAGGGGAGAGCCCGGGCAUCCCCCAGCAGCUUCUGCUGCUCAUGCUGAGCUUCUACCUGCUCCUCCUGCUGUUUCGUGGCCCCCGUGGCCCAUGGCCAACAGCACAGGGUGCCGUGCCCGGGCACGGACGGGGAAGGGCUGGUGCGUGGCACCAUGCAGAGGAAGCCGCAGUGCCCGCUGGGGCGGAGGUGUUGGUGUCACGGGUGUCACGUCUCCCCGAGUGUUUAGUCCCUUCCCCAGCCCCAUCCCAGCCUGGACGGGACCUGCUGGGGGCUGGCGAGGGCCCGUUCUCCCUGCGCUUGUGACUGCCUCCACUUCCCCCCGCACCAGCCAUUGCAACCUGCUGCCGUGCCGCUGCACGGGCGUGUGCAUGUGAACCCUGCCCUCACCUGCGUGUGGCCGGCCGUGAGCUCCCUCAAGCACAUGUGUUGUGUCCUUGUCUCGGCAGCCCCUGGGCAAAGUUGCCCCUGCCUGAAUAAAGCAUGAGAAGCACCA